AUGUAUUUGGAGGGUGGCACAGGUCAACCACAAAAUUUGGGGAGCAAUUUUUCUAUGUGGAUGCUGCUUGAAAGAGUCAGGUUCACCUUAGAUGGCCUUGAAUGUAACAAAAUUGGUGUCAGUUAUGAGGCCUUCAAUGGACAGCCAGACUUUUGCUCUGCACCAUUUUGGAGUUGCUUGCAUAACCAGCUGUGGAAUUUCUGGGAUGUUAGUACUUCCAACAGAAAUUUAUAA